AUGGCAAAGAGAUUUGCAGAUUCUCAAAUUACGAGGGAAAACUUCAGAGAAGAUGAUUCCGACGAUGAAAAUGAAACAGGAAACAACCAUACGGCUUCCGCCUCUGUGAUGAGUAGGCGUAAAAUUGCAAUGCCAAGCCGAAAAAUGGCAUCUUCCUUCAAAUCAAUGCAGUCCGGCAUUCCAGAGCAAAACGCGCCAUCCAAAGUACCAUUCAGUUUCUCAAAGCCAGAAGAAUCCAAUGUCAAUGAAACCCAUACUCUAAACGGUGAUGCUGGCGCCAACGCCGAUAAGAUGGCUAGGCUCAAGGCUUUGAAUUUACAGUUCAAGGAUAAAGUCGAGGAAGCUGUUUCAAGGGACCCAUGUGUCAAUCUGGCGCCAACUUUUAACAAAUAUAAGCACUAUAUGGACACUAUAAACAGUAAAAGUGUCGGAAGGCAGCAGGACGAGAAAAAAUCUGUCUCUUUAAAAAAGGUCAAGAAAGUGGAGCCACAGUCUUCAUCAGAUGAUGAGGAUGAGAAGAAACCAAUAAAAGUCGAGGGCCCACAGUUCACAUUAGGCGCAAAACCAACAACUUCCAAUUCUGUUUUCACCUUGGGUGUGAAAAAAAAAUCAGCAUCUCAACGUGCUGAUGACAGUGACAGUGAUGGAAUUGAAAUCAAAGGUCCCAAAUUCAGUUUUACUGGUACAGUCAAAAGUGAUGUAUUUAAUUUACCAACACCUACCGAAACUGCAAAGGACACAGAUAAGGAGGAGCCUACAAACAAUAUAGAAGAAAAUUCAAAGUCCUUUGAUGACUCUACAAAGAACACAUCGACCAAGCCUGCAUUUAAUUUUGGGACGUCAAGUCAACAGGCUGUAGAUCAGAAUACCAAGCUAGCCUUCUCAUUCAAUGCGCCUAUACAAUCAGAAGCUGACCAAAAAGGUGCGAAUCCACCCUUCUCAUUCAAUGUGCCUAGUCAUUCAAAGGGGCCUGCUGACCAAAAAGGUACAAUGCCAUCUUUCUCAUUCAGUGCGCUUACUCAGUCCAAGGCGCCAACUGACCAAAAAGAUAGCAAGCCUUCCUUCUCAUUCAACGCGCCUAGUCAAUCACAAGCUGACCAAAAAGGUGCGAAGCCAUCCUUCUCAUUCAAUGCGCCUAGUCAAUUAAAGGCAAUAAUUGACCAAAAAGACACAAAGCCAUCCGUCUCAUUUGCGUCGUCAAACCAACCAUCUCAAAAUGGUGAAAAGAAUACAAAACCUGCUUUAAGCUUUAAUUUUGGUCACACAGAAACGAAAUCCUCCGAUGAACAAACUUCGAACUCCUCAGCUUUUAAUUUUGGUACGGAAGGCCAAAGGACGGAGAACAGCAGCAAACCAACAUUUACUUUCGGUACGGCAUCCUCUAAUAACGAAAAUAAGCCGCUACUCAAUUUUGGAAACUCGAGCACGUCUGCAGCACCCUCCUUUUCAUUUGGUAAACCUGCAGCAGACACGGAAACAAACGAUAAAUCAGAGAAUAAAGCACAAGAGGGGUUCAAAUUCAACUUACCCUUCGCGCAAAAGGUAACCGGAACAACAGACUCAAAGGAGGAAGAAGAUAAAGAUGAAGCUGAAAAUUUGAGUAAUGCAGGUCAUCAGGAUGACGGCCCUACCAUGUCUCUUCAAAAUGGAGAAGAAAAUGAAACCCCCUUAUUUAAUCAAAGGUCAAAAUUGAUGAUUUUCAACGCAGAGUCAAAAGCAUAUGAUUCCAAAGGUGUUGGAGAGAUGAAACUACUACAAAAAAAGGAGGACGAUUCAAAAGUAAGGCUUUUAUGUAGAUCUGAUGGUAUGGGAAACAUUCUGCUGAAUACGAGCUUAGUGAAGAGCUUCACGUAUGCCCCACUCUCAGAGGCAAAUGAAAACCUUAUCAAGAUUCCAGUUGUGGAUGCCAAAGGCAAAUUAUUGACUUACGUCGUCAAAUUUAAACAAAAAUCAGAUGGCCGCCAGUUUGUCAAAGCUAUUGAGGACGCUAAAAAAAACAUGUAA